GCCACAGCAGGAACUCCAAAAUACAUUUUAAAUUAGGAAAAUAUUACAAGAGAUGAAGAAGGAUAUUUAUUGGUAAAAGUUUCACUACAGAGAGAAGAUUUCAUGAUUAUAAAUAUAUACAUACCUAACAAUAUAGUCCCAUAAUACAUGGGGUAAAAAUGGGCAGAAUUGGAGAGAAAAACGGUUCUACAAUAAUGGUUGGUGACUUCAGUACCUAGCUUUUUAUGUUGAAUAGCAGCCAGACAGGAUCAACAAGGAAAUAUAGGACUUGAACUACACUAUAAAUCAAUUGCACCUAACAUUUAUCUACAGGACACACCAUUCAACAACAGCAAGAUAUGUAUUCCACUCAAGUGCACAUGGAACACUCUCUAGGAUAGACCAUAUAUUAGGCAACAGUUAAGGCAUUAAUGGCCUUCAGGGAUGUGGCUGUAGCCUUCAGCCAGAAGGAGUGGAAGCUACUGAGUCCUGCUCAGAGGACCCUGUAUCGGGAUGUUAUGCUGGAGAACUACAGCCUUUUGGUGUCACUGGGAAUUGCCUUUCCUAAACCAAAACUCAUCACACAACUGGAACAAGGAGAUGAGCCCUGGAGAGAGGAGAGCGAAUGUUUUCUGGACCUUUAUUCAGCAGAACCAAGAACAGAAUUUCAGCCCUGUCUCUCCUGUUCAGUGACCUUUUCCAGUCCAAAGUUCUUCAAUCAAUAUGUGCUGUGCAGUCAUUCCCCCCAGAUCUUCUCAUGUUCAUCUGCAGGAAGCCACCUCCUACUAGAAGCUCCAAGCUGCUUGAGUGACAAAGCAGAAGAUGGAGAAAGAGAAGGCUCUGGCACUGUGCUUGGGAGACUGCAGCUAAGUGGGACUUCAGGGGUGUUCUUCAGCCCAUCUCAACAUCAGCCAGUAGACAAGGAAGGCAACAGCAGUAGAGGGCUAGACCAGGGGAUGAGCCCUGAGGAGGCAGAUGCAGUGUUGACAGAGGCAGAUGUCUCAGAAUGUGGAGCAGUCGUAUCUGAAAAAUACAGACUAGGACUUAGCACAAAGUCAAGCCUCUUUAGCCUUCAGAAACAUCAUGUGUGCCCUGAAUGUGGCAGAAGCUUCUGCCAGAGGUCAGAUCUCAUUAAGCACCAGAGGACACACACAGGUGAGAAGCCAUAUAGUUGUAGGGAGUGUGGGCGAGGCUUUGGCCGGAAGUCCUCCCUCACCAUACACCAGAGGAAACACUCAGGGGAGAAGCCCUACAUGUGCAGGGAAUGUGGUCAGCACUUUAGGUAUACGUCCUCCCUAACUAACCAUAAGAGGAUACACUCUGGGGAGAGGCCCUUUGUAUGUCAGGAGUGUGGGCGAGGCUUUCGCCAGAAGAUCGCUCUCAUCCUGCACCAGAGGACACACUUGGAAGAGAAGCCCUUUGUGUGUCCAGAGUGUGGAAGAGGCUUUUGUCAGAAGGCAUCACUCCUCCAGCACCGUAGUUCACAUUCAGGUGAGAGGCCCUUCUUGUGCCUUGAGUGUGGGCGUGGCUUUAGACAGCAGUCACUGCUCAUCAGUCACCAAGUCACACACUCAGGGGAGAAGCCUUAUGUCUGUGCCGAGUGUGGGCAUAGCUUUCGCCAGAAGGUCACCCUCAUCAGACACCAGAGGACACACACAGGGGAGAAGCCUUACCUGUGUUCUGAGUGCGGGCGUGGCUUUAGCCAGAAAGUCUCCCUCAUGGGCCACCAGAGGACGCACACAGGGGAGAAGCCUUAUGUGUGCCCUGAGUGUGGGCGUGGCUUUGGUCAGAAGGUCACCCUUAUCAGGCACCAGAGGACGCACACAGGGGAGAAGCCUUACCUGUGUCCUGAGUGUGGACAUACCUUUGGCUUCAAGUCACUCCUCACCAGACACCAGAAGACACACUUGGGAGAGAAGGCUGAUGUGUAUAGAGUAUGUGAGCAAAGACUUAGUCAGAAGAACCUCACCUCUGACCAGAGGACAUGCUCAGGAGAGAAGCCAUGUGUCUGUGAUGAGUGUGGUCGUGGCUUUGGCUUCAAGUCAGCCCUCAUCAGACACCAACGGACCCAUUCAGGAGAGAAGCCAUACGUAUGCAGGGAGUGUGGUCGUGGCUUUAGCCAGAAGUCUCACCUCCACAGACACAGGAGAACCAAGUCUGGCCAUCACCUCCUGCCACAAGAGUUGUUCUCUUGACGUUUCCUUUUCUUUCCCCAUGAAUGUGUAGAUGGCAGAAAUCAGUAGGAAAUAUUCUACCCCCUUUAAAUGCAGUAGAGGAAAAACAAUGUUGCAUCUUUCAGUGAUCAUAAGAUAGUUGAUUUAUGGUUUAUUUUCUGUACCAACAAUGUGUUUUUUGUUUGUCUUUUAAAUUUUAUUGAAGUAUGAUUGAUUUACAAGCAAUGUGUUUUAAUUUUCUAGGGCUUCCAUAAUAACAAAAUAUUGCAGACAUGGUGGCUUAAAAAACAAACCUUUAUUUUCUCAGGUUGUUGAGAAGUUCAAGAUCAGUGUGUAAGCAGUUUGUUUUUUAUUGAUGUCUCUCCUCUGGCUGGCAGAUGACCACAUUCUUGCAGUGUCCUGAAAUGGCCUUUUUCCCCAUGUGGGCGUGCUUUCCUGGUAUCUCCCUCUCUUCUGAAGACAUACCUUUGGCUAUUGGGUUAGGGCCCCACCCUAUGACCUCAUAAUAUUUACCUUUUAAAAGCCCUGUCAUCAGAUAGAAGUCACAUUGUAGGUUAUGGCUUCAAAAUGUGAAUUUAGGGGAACAGUUCAGUCCUUAACAACUCAGCCCUCUGGACCCCCAAAAUUUAUGUUCUUCGCAUACAAAAUACAUUCAUCUUAACAGCUGCAAAGGUCUUAACCCAUUCUAACAUUACUUUUACAUUCAAAAAUCUCAUCUAAAUCUCAUCUAAAUCGAGUGUAAAUGAGAUAAUUUCGUCCUUUGUAAAAGUGUGAAAAAAGGUGUAAAAGAGGUACAUUUCAUCCUUUGGCACAAUUACUUUCCAGCUGUGAACCUGUGAACCAGACAAGUUAUUUGCUUACAAAGUAAAAUGAUGGGACAGGCACAGAAUUCACCUUCCCAUUCUAAAAAUGGAAAGAAAGCUUGAUGGGCCCCAAGCAAGUUUAAAACAUUGCAAGGCAAAUUUUUCUGGUUUUUAAAGCUUGAGAAUAAUCUUUGGCUGUAUCUGCUGCCCCCUGGUCCCGCAGGGGUGGCAGCCCCAUCUUCUGGUCUCACUGGAGUGGUAGCAGUGAUACCUGGCCCACUGGAACCAUGGAGUAGACAUUCUGGCUGCCCAGUUUUUAACUUUCUGGGCCUGUUUUGAAAAUGGCAGACCUGCUGAUUGAUCUCUGUUUCACCUUUGGGGUCAUUCUUUCCUCUUAAUGGAUAACAUAGUUGUAGUCAGAUAGUUAGUUAGCUCAUAUCUCCCUCUUGCAGAAUACCAGAAGUCUGUCAGUCUGCCUUCAUUUUGUCCCAUCUGUGUCACUGAGGUGGUUCAUUGGCUCCAAACUAAUCUCUUUCAAACAGCGUCUAGCCACACAGAAGUAGUCUUUCCAGAUAAUGCUUUCUCGUUUUUUACAACAAGGAUAGGCAGGGAAUUUUCCGAAUUUUGGUUCACUUUUGCUUAAUGGUUCCCUCAAUUUAUCUCUGCUCUCACAUUGUACCAAAAGGAGGGAGGAAAAACUUGGUUGCACCUCUAACACCUUGCUUAAAUCUUCUCAGCUAAAUUUCUGCCUUCCACAAAAUAGUGAAACACUGGCCAGGAUCUUUUCCAUGUUAUAAAAAGGACUGUCUUUCCUUUCCUGCAGUUGCCAGUAACAUAUUUCUCAUUUUUGAAACAACACCGUGAUCACUUUUUUUUGGCUGCACCCGUGGCCUGCAGAAGUUCCCAGGCCAGGAAUUGAACUGGAGCCACAGCAUUGACAUUGCCAAGUCUCUAACCACUAGGCCCUCAGGGAACUCCCAACUUGAAAUGUUCUUAUAUUCCUACCAACACUGUCUUCUAGGCAAUCCAGGCUUUUUUACAACAAGUGCCUCAAACCUCUUCCAGCCUCUACCUAUCAACGAGUUCCAAGGCAUUACAUAUUUUUAAAUGUUAUUCUCAGUACCAAAAUUGUACUAAAUUUUGCUAAGGCUGCCAUAACAAAAUCAGAGACUGGAUGACUUAAGCAACAGGAACUUAUUUUCUCAGUUCUGGAGACAGGAAGUCCAACAUCAAAGUAUCAGCAGGGUUAUUUUCGAUUGAAGCCUCUGUCUGUGGCUGGCCAGUGGCUGCCUUCUUGCUGUGUCCUCCAGGAGCCUUUCUUUUGCGCAUGUGCUGGAGCGAGAGCAUGAGUGCUGGUGUCUUUUACUCUUAUAAGGAUGCUAGCCCCAUUAGAUUUAGAUUAUGACUCCAGCCUUAUGAUACUAUUUAAUCUUAAUUACCUUCUUAUAAGCCCUAUAUCCACGUACUGGAGGAUUGGGGCUUCAACCCCUAGGGUGAAGGGAAUUCAGUCCAUACAACUGCCUUCUGGAUACCCCAGAUUUAUAUCUGGCCAAGAACUAUGCCAUAAAGGUGUGUCCUGACUUUUCCUUUCCUUUCCCCAUGAGUGUGAAAAUGGCAGAAAUCACUAGGAAAUGCUCUGCUUUCUUGAAAUGGAAUGGAGGGGAAAAUGUUGCUUUCUUUCAGCAUUCAUUAGUUUGUCUAUCACUUCUUAAACAGCAGUCCUUCUCUAUGGGUUACAGCUUUUGUUUUAAUAAAUUGCUUCUUUAUACAAUUGCA